AUGCACCGUGCCUUGCUAAAAACUUCGUUGAACACUUGUAUUCCUCGACGAUUUGCAGGUAAGACUAAGUUGUUUGUCUAUUUGAGGUUUUUUUUGGAUGUAAAUUGGUAUUAUUUAAUAGACAUGAGAAACGGGCCGGGCCCAAUUUUCAGGCCCGGCCCGAUCAAAAUUUUGCUCAGGGCCGGCCCGAUGGUAAGCCCGGGCCUAAUUUUUUUACGUGAAAAAGUGCCCGGCCCGGCCCGUUUUUCAUGUCUAUUUUUUAACGGUUUUUUUAGAACACUGUAGUGUUUUAUAAAAAUGAAAGUCCUAUAUCUAUGAACUUUUUUCUACAGUUUUAUAUUAACACAUUGUUGAUUUGUCAAUAAAACAUGUUAACAAAAAAUUUCAGGACACGGUCUUGCUGUUCACAGAGAUUCGAAGGCCAACAACCCUAAUGUCAAGUUUCAGUUCACGGAAGAGAAUCUGAAGAAGGUCAAGUCUUUGAUCUCCAAUUAUCCAGAAGGACAUGAAGCUGGAGCGUGCAUUCCGGUGUUGGAUUUGGCUCAACGUCAACAUGGAUGGUUACCUAUUACCGCGAUGCACGAAGUGGCCAGGAUUUUAGGUAAACCUUUAGAUUUUUGUUGGUUUUUAGGAAAAAUAGAUUUCAAUGGAUUUUCUAAAGGUUAUGUAUUGCUUUUGGCAAAGUACUGGCUAAUUUUUAUCGCAAAUUUGGGUUUGUGGAUUUGCACCAUGUUAUUAUAGCUUGACUUCUCCUUUUGGAUAAACCUUGGCUUGCGACUGCCAUGUUUUCUUCUCUGCAAAAUAAGAAAAAUUUAUAUUGUUUUUGCUAAAUUAAACAUAAAUUUUUAAAUUUAGGAAUGCCACGAAUGCGGGUAUACGAAGUAGCCACUUUCUACACAAUGUUCAACCGCGAGCCAGUCGGAAAGUAUUUCUUGCAAGUUUGUGCCACAACUCCUUGUAUGUUACGUGGAGCCGAAUCCAUCACCGAAGCCAUUACCAAAAAGCUAGGAAUCAAGCCGGGACAAACCACAAAGGACGGACUCUUCACUCUAUCAGAGGUGGAAUGUCUAGGAGCUUGUGUGAACGCACCAAUGGUACAGAUCAACGACGAUUACUACGAGGACUUGACUCAAGAUGAUAUGUCACAGAUUCUGGAUGAGUUAGCGGCCGGCAAACGCCCUAUUCCUGGCCCAAGAAGCGGUCGCUUGGCUAGUGAACCAUUGACUGGUCUGACGUCGCUGAAGGAAGAGCCAAAAGGUCCUGGUUUUGGACUACAAGCCGGUCUUUAG